GUCUGAGAGUCUGAGACGCCGGACGAGAUUCUUUUUUUGUCAUUCUUUUUGUUGCAAGAAACUGAACGCUCUGCGUUUGCCAAUUCAGACGGUAACACGUCAUUAGCGUCGCUAACUCCACGACACGCUGCUUAAUUUUCCAUUAGUAAUAAAUGCGCUCCAAGUAUUUAAUUACGCAAAUGAUUGAUCACUCGGCCGGACCAGUAGCUGGGACACCCACGCCAGUGAACAAUGAAGGUCUUCGUCUUCAUCUCUAUCCCUUUUCUCAUCCCUCUUCUAAAUCCAAGAUCAUCCUCUGAAGCUCUAUCCGAUGGCGAGCCAGAACAUGCUAGCUUCCCACCUAGAGGUUGGAACUCCUACGAUUCCUUUUGCUGGACAAUUUCUGAAGAAGAAUUCUUGCAAAGUGCUGAAAUCGUAUCUAACCGUUUACGCCCUCAUGGGUAUGAGUAUGUUGUGGUGGAUUAUCUUUGGUAUAGGAGAAAGGUCAAAGGUGCUUACCCUGAUUCUCUUGGAUUUGAUGUAAUUGACGAAUGGGGGAGGAUGAUUCCUGACCCAGAUAGGUGGCCUUCCUCCAAAGGCGGAAAGGGGUUCACUGAAGUAGCUAAGAAAGUGCAUAACAUGGGUUUGAAGUUUGGGAUUCAUGUUAUGAGAGGAAUAAGUACACAGGCAGUGAACGCAAACACCCCUAUCUUGGACACUAUCUCGGGAGGUGCUUAUGAAGAGUCUGGCCGAAAGUGGAGCGCAAAAGAUAUUGGGAUUAAGGAAAGGGCAUGUGCAUGGAUGCAACACGGUUUCAUGAGCGUUGAUACCAAGUUGGGAGCAGGAAGAGCCUUCUUGAGGUCACUUUAUGAACAGUAUGCUGAAUGGGGAGUUGAUUUUGUGAAACAUGACUGUGUGUUUGGUGAUGACUUGGAUAUAAAUGAAAUAAGCUUUGUGUCAGAAGUUCUGAAGCAACUUGACCGCCCCAUAUUGUAUUCUCUGUCUCCUGGAACCAGCGUGACGCCAGCAAUGGCCAAGGAUGUGAGUGGACUAGCCAACAUGUACCGGAUAACUGGGGAUGAUUGGGAUUCCUGGGGAGAUGUCAUGGCCCAUUUUGAUGUUACGAGGGACUUUUCUAUCGCUAGUAUGAUAGGAGCGAAGGGCUUGCUGGGGAAGUCAUGGCCUGACUUGGAUAUGCUACCUCUAGGAUGGCUUACUGAUCCAGGUUCGAAUGAAGGUCCUCACAGAAGAUCUAACCUUAACCCAAAUGAGCAAACAACUCAGAUAACUCUAUGGUCUAUGGCCAAGUCUCCUCUCAUGUUUGGAGGAGAUGUGAGAAAGCUUGACGAGACUACAUACAAUCUCAUAACAAAUCCUACCCUGUUGGAGAUUAACUCUUUUAGCUCAAACAACAUGGAGUUUCCUUAUAUUACUAGUAUGAGGGAUUCUAAGAGUAGAGACGACGUUCUUGCCUGGCAAUCAACAAGAUCUCGAACAGAUGUAGAAAUAUCUGAUACACAGGUUUUGGGCCUCACAGGCUGCAUGAAUUCAAAAGCAAUUGGUUGGUAUGUUCAAGCUUCGAACCAAGACCUGGAAAAAAUCUGCUGGAAAGAAAAAUUAGGAAGCAGACACCAAGAACCGCUUUGCCUAUACAAGAGAGAGGCACUUUUUCCAUUACAUGAAAGGAUGACUUACAAACAGCAAUAUCAAGGGAAACUCCAUUUAACAACAACUGACAGAAUGGACUUUUGUUUGGGUGCUUCUUCAAAUCAGAAGCUUACUUCCAAAGAGUUCAAGAGAGGUGCUCUUUUACCUUGCAGAUGGGAUACGAACCAGGUGUGGGAGUUGAACUUCAAUGGAACCCUGGUAAAUAGCUAUUCCGGUCUAUGUGCAACAGUGAAUGAUGUUGAAGCUAAAGUCAAUUCUGGUGGAACUCGUUCUUGGAUUGCGACUGGAAGAAGAGGUGAAAUAUAUAUUGCAUUUUUCAAUCUGAACCCAGCGAAGACAGUGAUAUCUGCAAAGAUAUCGGACCUGGCUAAGGUACUUCCUGGCAAAAACUUGAAUGGAACUUCCUGUAAGGGCAGGGAAGUGUGGAGUGGAAAAGAGAUAGCGGUAACAGACCAGACUAUAUCAAUGGCAGUAGAAAUCCAUGGCUCUGUACUAUUUGUACUGAACUGUGAUUAGCGCAGGGUCAACCAAAACAAAUAUAUAUAGAGUCGUCUUCAUGCACCGUGCCAAAUGUAACGAGGUAUUUAUAUCUAUGCCGAAAUGCGAUGCUAGUUCUCAAUCACCCCACCUCCUAUUUGAGUGUAUUUACAUAUAAAUCUUAAUUUAACUAAUGAGAGACAUUCUAUCGCUCGGUUCAAAUAUUA